AUGUUUAGUGAAGCACAGGCUUCUCCAGAGCUGAACUACUAUGCUGUUGACUUGCAGGGUUUCAGUAAUCACUACGGUGUGAUUUUCGCCUGUACCUGUGGUGUGAUCCUGGGUGUGGGCUUCGGUGCUAACUUGCUCGUGUUCACUCUCUUUGCCAAACACAACACCCUACGCAAGAAUCGCCUGGAUGUUCUGAUCCUCAGCAUGGCUUUGGCUGACUUCCUCACUCUGCUUCUCAUCCCCUUCACUCUGCACUCAGCUAUCAAUUUCUCCUGGCCUCUAAGCGACACAUCUUGUAAGAUUUACCAGUUCCUGCUGGCUUUCUCUCUGGCUUCCAGCACUUACUCCCUAUGUGCUGUCUCGGUGGCUCGAGCCAUGAUCAUCACCAACCCUUACCACCCGCCCCCUACAGACCUGGUUGUCUUGAUGCUUAUCCUUGCCUGGGGCCUGAGCUUCUUCAUCAGCUUGCCAUUGCGGAUUUUUGCCACUAAAGAACGCCUCGGCCCAGGGCUCACCAACUUCACCUUCUGUCUACCGACCAUCAAAGAGCACCACUAUCAAGUCAUACUAAGCCAGUUUGUUUUGUAUUACUUAAUACCGAUGCUGGUUAUUGCUGUCAAUUAUGUGCGCUUGGCUCGGUUUCUCCACAAGAGCCCAGUGAUGUCUAUGACCAGUGCGAGGAACACGCGCCGAGCCUCACUUAUGGUGUUUCUGGCAGCUGGAACGUUCUCUGUGUGCUGGCUGCCUGGUUAUAUUCUCGAGCUGUGUGUUUAUUUAGGUCUCUACAGUCACGGCCAAGCUUGGGAGAUGUUCUAUUUUACCUGCACAGUGCUACAGUACCUGCACCCAUGUGUCAAUCCAGUGCUGUAUGUGUUGCUGGCUAAGCGGUACCGGGGAAUGCAGGGAGCCUGGCUCUUUCAGUGCAAUCGCAACAGGGUGCACCCCCAUGUUACUAGUGUGAAUGAAAGCUUCUGAACUUUUCUUAUACUGCAUGUUCCACUUUUGGCUCAACCAAUGUUGAUUUGAAUUACA